GGAACAUGGGGUGCAAAAGCACGAUGAACUCUGCGUUGUAGAGUUAGAUUGCAGCCAAUUCGCACCAAACGACCAUCUUUGCCUGCAGUGGCUGACAGUCAAAGGGCCGAGGACGAUAUGCGACCAUGAAGCGGGUACGCACUGAGCAGAUCCAGUAUGCCGUGGCUCAGUACCUGAAACGCAGGCAGUAUGUGGACACAGAAGGUUCCCUGAAAGGGGCCAAGCUCUUUCAGUCAGCUGAAGAGAUGGCUGCCAACCUCACAGUGCAGACAGAGUCUGGGUGUGCCAACAUUGUCUCAGCUGCACCUUGCCAAGCUGACCCUGGACAGUAUGAUGUACAGUACUCCAGACUGCGCAACUUUCUUUCAGAAACAGAGGUCCCCUGGGCCAAGGAGGUGAGCAGUAUCCUCUACCCUCUCUUUGUGUACAUCCAUUUGGAUAUGGUACGCUGGGGCCUAAAGGGGGCAGUAGAUGGCUUCUACACCCGUUUCCAUGAGGAUUUUCUCCAGGACGGAGAACAGCGGGUGACUGUCGAGCAGCUCCGCCAUGUUCUCACAGCUCAGGAUGUAAUCGCCAACCCUAAGCUCAACGCUCUUCUGCAACACAAGUAUGUGGUGCAUCUGACGGAGCCGGCCUAUAACUACCUGCUGCGCUACCUGCAAAGUGAGGACAACAGUGCCCUCUGCAGAGCACUCAGCACCCAUGUGCAGGUGGAGGUUACUGCUUCCAGGCGCACCGACUACCAGCUCUAUGGGGCUGCCAGUGGCCCAACUACAGCCCCCAACUCCACAUCUUCCUCCUGGGCAGGGGUAGAUGGGGUAGAGGGUAGGGAUGGUGUAGAGGUUGGCGUGGGGAUUCCACAGAGUGAGGCAGCCCUGGAGGCUCUGCAAGACUGCAUCAAGAAAGUCCGGGAAGGUCCCCCCUCGCUCACCACCGUGUGCUUCUAUGCCUUCCAUCACACAGAGCAGCUCUUGAAUACGGCAGAAGUGUCGGCAGACAGCCGGCUGCUCGCGGCUGGAUUCGACAGCUCGGCUGUGAAGCUCUGGAGUCUGAGAGCCAGGAAACUGAAGGCCAAACCGCACCAGGCUGAUGUGUCUCACAUCCAUCUGGCCUGUGAUGUCCUAGAAGAGGAGGCGGAUGAGGAGGACACCUCUGGCAGUGAGAUCAAGACACUGAGGGGCCACAGUGGCCCAGUGUUUCGCACCACAUUCCUGACAGACAGCUCAGGUCUGCUCUCCUGUUCAGAAGACACCUCCAUCCGGUACUGGGACUUGGGCAGCUUCACCAACACAGCUCUGUACCAGGGCCACGCCUACCCAGUGUGGGACAUAGAUGUCAGCCCCUGCAGCCUUUACUUUGCCAGCGGCUCACAUGAUCGCACCGCCCGUCUCUGGACUUUCUCGCGGACGUACCCCCUGCGGCUCUAUGCUGGGCACCUUGCUGAUGUGGAUUGCGUCAAGUUCCACCCAAACUCCAACUACCUGGCCACUGGCUCCACAGACAAGACUGUCCGCCUGUGGAGCACCCAGCAGGGGGCAUCAGUGCGCCUGUUCACAGGUCACCGUGGCCCUGUGUUGUCGCUGGCCUUCUCCCCAAACGGGAAGUACCUGGCAUCAGCUGGGGAGGACCAGAGGAUCAAGCUGUGGGACCUAGCAUCAGGGAGUUUGUUCAAAGACCUGAGGGGACACACAGACAGCGUCACCAGCCUUUCUUUCAGUCCGGACAGCAGCCUGGUUGCUUCGUCUUCCAUAGACAACUCGGUCAGGGUGUGGGACAUCCGCAGCUCUCAUGGUGGGACGCCCACGGACGGGUCUUCUAGCGAACUUGUGGGGCAAUACACUGGUAGCACUAGUAAUGUCCUGAACGUCCAGUUUAUGGCUUGCAAUCUGCUCCUGGUAGCCGGAACUGCACAGGAGAAAACGGAGCAGUAG